UACAAUAGAAACGACCUUCGACACCACCGUAACCACGGAGGUAAAUGGGCGGAGUCUCCCAGCCCUCACCACACGCUUCCCCAUGGCCUGGCGUCUCGGCCAAUCACAAACCCCGCGUCUCCAGGCGGGCGACGCCCCCUCAAUGCCCGGCAGCUACGCGGCGCCGCCCAGGGCGACCACGACGAGCGCCGGGUGCACCACAGGGCGCUACACUGGGCACUCUGACACUUCCAGGUUUGUGUUCAGAAGAGGGAUGAGGGGGGCGGAGCAAGGGGAGAAUGGAGGAGGAGGAGCAGGAGGAGGAAGAGGAGAAGGAGAAGGAGAUGAAGGGCAGCAGUCGGAGAUGGAGAUAACAGGGUACUUGAGUGAAGGAGACAUCCUAGGGAGGAGCAACCGGACCAAUGAGAUCACCAGCGGAUACCUUACCGACGGCGGCCUUCAUCUGUAUUCGAGGAGCGCAGGCCGAGCCUCGGACUCUUCUACUUCUCAAGAUGUUUCCCAGAAAGGCAGCAAAGAGAUGCAGGGCGACAUCGACAGUUGGGACGACAGCAGCUCUGUGAGCAGCGGUCUGAGCGACACGUUGGACAACAUCAGCACCGACGAUCUAAACACAGCCGCCUACUCUGCGGUCAGCUCGUCGACACGCAAGAGCAAAGGAGCGCAGUCCCAGAAAGGCAGCAGAUCGAAGCAUGCCGAGCAGGAAGUGAGCAGCAGCUGGGCCGGAGCCGAAGACCUGAAGAAGGUGGAGGAGGAGCUGGAGGCGAGCAUGGACGCCAGCGGAGGAUCCUCUCGAUGGAAGGCUUCCUCCUCCUCCUCCUCGUCUUCCUCUUCCUCUCAAACCCAGGGCCAGCAGUACGAAGACGCCGAGCAGAAAGCCGCCGCGCUCGCCCAGAUGUCCCAGACGGGCUCGUGGAGGAGGGGCAUGACGGCCCAGGUGGGGAUCACACCCCCCAGGACCAAGAGUAGCUCUGCUGCUCACAAAACACCAGGAAAAACGGACGAUGCUAAGGCUUCAGAGAAGGGAAAGUCUCCUUCCAAGAGUUCAGCCGCCAUCCAGCGCUCGCCCUCAGACGCUGGGAAGAGCAGUGGAGACGAAGGGAAGAAACCUCCCUCUGGAAUCGGACGCCCAACCACCACCGCCUCCUUCGGAUACAAGAAGAUCCCCGUUCCUGGCGGUGCUCUAAUAACCUCCAGUGGCGCCACGCUCUCCAGUGGAUCAGCCACGCUGGGAAAAGCUCCAAAAUCAUCCGCUGGCAUCGGAAAAGGCCCCGUUAUCGGUGGAGGUCGUAAAACCAGCCUGGAUGGAUCUCAGCCCGAGGAUGAAAACGACGCUCUGCUCAGCUGUAGCGGAUCAAAACUGAGCCUUCAGUAUCGGUCUUUGCCCAGACCGGCAAAAUCCUCCAGUUCUGUGUCGGCGGGGCGAGGCGGACAUCGAUCCAGCUCCACGAGCAUCGACUCUAACGCCACUGGAAAGUCAGCAGCAGCUAAUCAGGCCAAACGAAGGGAAGGGAAAGUGACCUCGGAGAGAUCGAGUCCCGUCACGAUCAACCAGACGGACAAGGAGAAAGUGGGCGUGUCCGAUCCGGACGCAGGACUGUCCCCUUCCCCAAAAUCCAGCCCAACCGCAACCGCAACCUCAACGAGCCAAUCAGGACUCAGACAGCCGGGAUCCAAGUACCCAGACAUCGCUUCUCCUACUUUCCGCAGAUUGUUUGGCACCAAAGCCAGCAGCAAGGCCAGUUCUCCGGGCACCCCUGACUCUGGAAAGUGCCCGUCGGUGCUGGGGAGGCAGGGCAGUCUGGACUCGCCCUCCUCGGGGAGUCUGGGCAGCGCCGGGGGUCUCAGCGGAGGUAGCAGUCCGCUCUACGGGAAAACCCCCGAUCUGUGCAGCGAGUCCCCCGCCUCCAGCCCUGCGUCCGGCCUCUCGCUGCCCUCCAACGCUCGGCCCUGGCCCACAUGUGGCUCCUCGCAGGGCAGUAAGGACACUCUGAGCUGCCAGAGCAUGAGCAGUCUGACGGCCAGCUCCAUCGAGUCCAUCGACCUGCCGCUGGGGCACCAGGGGCACAAGGUGGCUCGCACCGGCAGCGUCAAGUCCACCUUGUCCGAGGGCAUGCCUCUUGACAGAAACACGCUCCCCAAAAAGGGACUGAGGUACCCUCCGUCCUCCAGGCAGACGUCCCAUGAGGAGGGGAAGGAGUGGUUGAGGUCUCACUCCACAGGGGGGCUUCAGGACACCGGCAGCCAAUCACCUCUGUCCCCUCCUGGAGCCUCGUGCACCACGGGGAGAUACCACUACUCCAACCUGCUGAGUCCCACUAACAGCAGCCAGUACACCCUGCCCCCCCCCAGCAGCAGCAUGAGUCGCUCCAACAGCAUCCCGGCCCACGACUCCUUCGACCUGUACGGAGAGGACCACCCUCUGGGGGGCAGCAACACCUCUCUGGAGGACCGGCAGAGAGGCAUCAGCCGCUCGGGGUCCUUCAGGGACAGCACGGACGAAGUCCACGGCUCUUCGUUGUCUCUGGUCUCCAGCACGUCUUCACUCUACUCUGCGACGGAGGAGAAAGCCCACUCAGAGGGCCAAACAGUCCAAAAUUCCACGCAAAUCAGAAAGCUUCGCCGCGAGCUGGACACCUCUCAGGAGAAGGUGGCGACCCUGACGUCUCAGCUGUCUGCCAACGCUCACUUGGUGGCAGCCUUCGAGAACAGUCUGAGCAACAUGACCUGCCGCCUGCAGAGCCUCACCAAUACGGCCGAGCAGAAGGAGACGGAGCUGGUGGAGCUGAGGGAGACGAUCGAGUGUCUGAAGACCCAGAACACUGACGCUCAGACGGCCAUCCAGGUGGCGCUCAACGGACCGGACCACCUGCACAAAGACCUGCGGAUCAGACGGCAGCACUCUUCAGAGAGCAUGUCGAGCAUCAACAGCGCCGCGAGUCACUCCAGCAUGGGCAGCCUCGGGAAGGACGCCGAGGACAAGAAGAAGAAGAAGAAGAGCUGGGUGUCCGACUCCAUCCCCGCUCAGUUGCGCAGCUCCUUUAAGCAGGCGUUCAGCAAGAAGAAAUCUAAAUCCCAGUCGGCCCACGAUGAGAUGGAGGAGAUGCCCGACUCGAUGCCUUCCUCCCCACAACUGCAGCACGACAACAGGCAGGGCAGCAUCGCCACGCUGCACUCCUCCGCCUCCACCACAGACAAGUGCUUUUGUGACAGUAACUACUCCCCCGUUUGGACGCCAAAGAGAAGGCUAAACGGUCAUGUGGUCUACAAGCACAGAUCUCGGCUGUGUGAAUGCACGGAGGCCGAGGCAGAGACGAUCCUCCUUCUGAAGAACGAGCUGAGGGAGAAGGAGCUCAAACUGACUGACAUCCGAUUGGAGGCGCUAAGCUCCGCCCACCAUCUGGACCAGAUCAGAGAGGCCAUGAACCGCAUGCAGAAUGAGAUCGAGGCGCUGAAAUCGGAGAACGAUCGCCUCAAAUCCAGCGGGAACGCCACGCCGACGGCCCCUCCCCCCAAAUCUGCCCGCCCUCCGUCCGAAACCUCAAGCACGUCUUCGUCCUCCUCCCGUCAGUCGCUGGGUCUGUCGCUCAACAACCUGAACAUCACAGACAGCUUCAUGUCCGAUAUUCUGCUGGACGACGGCUACGAGGGAAAUCUGCGAAAAGAAGGUCGAAGUGUUCGGAUAGUGGUGACCAUCAGCAGAGGACCGUACUCUACCAAGGGUAAACAGAGCCACUCGUACCUGAUUGGGUCUAUCGGUGUGAGCGGGAAAACCAAGUGGGACGUCCUGGAUGGAGUCAUUCGACGCCUCUUCAAGGAGUAUGUGUUUCGGGUGGACCCUCUCACCAGUCUGGGUCUCAGCUCGGACAGCAUCGUCUGCUACAGGAUGGGCGAUGUGAUUCGCUCUCACACCUCCAAAGUGCCUGAGCUGCUGCCCUGCGGCUACCUGGUGGGCGACAGCAACAUCAUCAAGGUCAACCUCAAGGGAGUGAAGGAGAACAGCAUCGACAGCCUGGUGUUUGACACUCUGAUCCCUAAGCCCAUCAUCCAGCGGUACCUGAACCUGCUGAUGGAGCACCGGCGGAUCAUCCUCUCCGGACCCAGCGGCACCGGGAAGUCCUUCCUCGCCGCCAAACUGGCCGAGUUCAUCAUCUCCCAGCUGGGCCAGCAGGUGACCGAGCACAACGUGGCCAGCUUCAACGUAGACCAGAACUCCAGCAAGGACCUGCGUCAGUACCUGUCCAACCUGGCGGAGCAGUGUAACUCAGAGGAUUCGGACACGGAGCUUCCCACGGUGGUGAUCCUCGACAACCUGCACCACAUCGGAUCCCUGAGCGACAUUUUCAACGGCUUCCUCAACUGCAAGUACCACAAAUGCCCUUACGUCAUCGGGACCAUGAACCAGGGAGUGUCCUCUUCUCCUAACCUGGAGUUACACCACAACUUCAGGUGGGUGUUGUGCACCAACCACACCGAGCCGGUGAAAGGGUUUCUGGGACGUUUCCUGCGGAGGAAGCUGAUCGAGACGGAGAUCAAUAAGAGCUCGAGGAGCAACGAUCUGAUCAAGAUCAUCGACUGGAUCCCCAAAACCUGGCAGCACCUCAACGGAUUCCUGGAGGCUCACAGCUCCUCCGACGUCACCAUAGGCCCCCGUCUCUUCCUGUCCUGUCCGAUGGAUGUAGAAGGAUCCAGAGUUUGGUUCACAGAUCUGUGGAACUACUCCCUGGUUCCCUAUCUGCUGGAGGCCGUCAGGGAGGGGCUUCAGUUAUACGGGAAGAGAGCAGCGUGGGAGGACCCCUCUAAGUGGGUGAACGACACGUACCCGUGGAGCGGCGCCUCGCAGCAGCCGGACGCUCAGACUCUGCUGCAGCUGAGGCCGGAGGACGUGGGCUACGACAGCUACAGCUCCUCCAAGGAGGGAGCCUCCUCCAAACAGGUGUCCCAGAGCGACACCGAUGGAGACCCCCUGAUGAACAUGUUGCUACGGUUACAGGAAGCGGCCAAUUACUCGAGCACGCAGAGCUACGACAGCGACAGCACCAGUCACCAUGACGACCAGCUGGACUCCUCGCUGGAGUCGGCGCUAUGAGACCCCCCGUGGUGCCCAGAUAUAAUAUAAUAUAUAUAUGAAAAGUUUUAUCAUCCAAAAUGGUACAGCGGGCCACCAUUCACAUUACAAACGGUGCAAUACUGAGUCUAAAUAUUGCCAAUCUGGUGGACAAAGUGUCAAACAAUCCUUUUAUUUUAAACACAGAUCAUGUUUUAUUGGGUGUAUAACAUUUUAGAAUACAACUUUUCAUAUAUGUGCCAGCAGGAAGGAGUCAGCUGUGAUGAGACACAGAAAAAAAAAGACAACGCCAAGAAUUUAAAACUGGAUUUUUCUUUUUUUUCAAAUCCCAGAUAUGUAUCUUCAGAUGUUUACAACGGGAGGGUGGGGUGUUCUGUUGUUUAUGUCUCUCCUUGUUUACAGAGGUGCUUCACACACACACACACACACACACACACACACACACACACACACACACACACACUUAUACACUCAUGCACUUACACACGGGCAGCAGGAGGACACUGACUUUUAAUCACAGGCUGGAAACGGUUCAACCAAAAAAUCCAGACGACGCCUUUUCUAACAAAGACCAAUCAGUGCACCCUUAUCUCUGAGCCCACCUGUACAUUAGAGUAGAUUAACCUUCCUCUCGUGGUCAUUUCUCCCCCAGUGAAAAUCUAUUUUUAACCAGAGGUGGAAGAAGUAUUCAGAUGCAGAACACAUUAUUGUCAAAAUACUUCGUCCUGCAUUCAAAAUCUUACUUAACAAAAUCUUAUCUAAAAAAAGGUUCAUACAGAAUAACUUUCAAAGUAAUCAUUGUGCAGAAAAAUUGCCUUUGUGUGUGUAUAUGAUUCUUUUUAUAUAUGUUACAUCUCUAGAUAAUCGAGUAGCAUUUUACUAUUAUAGACAAAGUUCGGAUUGACUUUUGGUAAAAUAUUUAAAUAAUGUCUUUUUCUAACAAAAUACAUCUCUAAAAAUGUAACUAGUGUUCUAAGUUAGUCCACUUUUAAAUGUAGUGGAGUAUGAAGUAGCAUCAAAUGGAAACACUCAAAAUUGUACUUAGUACUUCCCACCUCUGGUUUUAACUGCUCUUACAUUAACACAAAAACAUUCAUCAUCACCACAUUAUAUUUAAUUCCCUUUAAGCUGUAAAAUGUCUCAGACUUCUGGUUCACAUCAGUCACUGCGGGAAAUAUUCAAAGAGAGGAGGUAUUCCUAAAUGAACUUAUUUGCCUAUUUGUGGGUGUGAUCUGAUAGGGUUACCCAUUCAUUUUCUAUGGCGACAUGUUUUACUAGGAACACCAUUCAUCAAUGAAAGUGGGGAUAAACGCCUACUGUGGAGGAUAUCAUAAGGCCUUGAAGCAAUCAAAUGUAAAACAUAAUAUUUAUGAUUGGAGAAAAUAGUAAAUUGGUCAGAUUUGACCCGAACACGACAGGAGGGUUAAAGUGAAUCCGGGUGAUGUACCGCCCUCUGGUGGCCACAAUGGAGGCUAGUAUGAGACAUUUGAAAAGCCUCUGCAGACAAACAAGCUCCACAAUAACUACAUUUUACACACACACUCACACACUCACCUUCUGAUCAGAGGUCAGUUGAGCUUCAUGGUGCUCAGUCCUCAAGCACAACAAAAGUGCUUAAUUGUCCGUGUGUCAUUCAGUCACAUUUCUACUGUGAAGAACAAAAUGGAAAAAAGUGCCAAUGUUUUUGAUUUUACUGCCAAAUGUGCACACACAAACACAGAGACUUAACAUCACGAGGUUGUAAACUUAGAUUAAGUUGUUCUUGGCCUUGCACGCUCUGCAGUCCGUCGUCAAUGUAGCUUAGCAUCUCACAGAACUGUCUUCAUUGACUGCUUGCUAAUCCCCUCUUUUCAACAGAGUUUCAACAAUCAUUUGCAAACUUUCUCGAGUUCAAGACAUACUCAGUAUUUAAGCAGUUUGGAGGGUUAGUUGCAAAGGAUGUAUGAUUGUCUUACUAGCCUAACUUGCUCUUUGUUGAACUUGGAGAAAGCAACUCCAGCAGAUAUUGCUCUGAGAUAGCGUUAGCAUAGCAUUAGUCCUCAUCGAAAAAACCUUUAAUUUAAUGUUAAAAAGGGAACUACACGGGGCAAUUAUAUCAUACUUUAUUUCUUUAUCUGGUUAAUGAUAUAUGUCACAAUACAGCAUGGUAUCUAUGAGAAAUGUUAUCUUAAGAAGAUAAAAUGUAUUGAUUUAACACCCAGCCCUACUGAAUAUAUAAUGAGAAAAAGGUAUGCAAGCUAACCAGCAAAACAGAUGUAUGAUAGAAAUUAAAUAGAGGUUUGAUUUGACUCUGCAGAACUAUCUGAUGUUUAUGUCGAUAUCUAAAUGAAGCUGGCAAGAAUGCUAACCGUUAGCUAGGCACAUGCUGCUUCAGCGUCAGUCCUCUUUUCGGAUAUCAAUAACACGAGUCAUUAAAAAGCCUGACGUUAGCUUAAUUAGCUAGCCACCUCUGUUAUUGUUAGCUGCAUUGGUGGGAGAACCCAACGCCUGACAGAACGGAGAGAAACUGGGCUUAGCAAACAGUCAAUUUCCCAUCGCUGAUUCAUUUUGACAUUAGUGUUAGCUGCAUGAAAAUCACACGGGUGGGUUAACUGCAAGAAAAGCAGAACACUGAUAUAUGUCAACGCCUCGGCUUCAACAGAUAUGAGUCAACGCUGAUCAGUAAAAGUGAAUUAAUGCAAGCUUGCUAAGCGUCUGCACCUAUGUGGAAUCCUUGAGGUACCAAAAAAAGAGUCCAAAGUGUUUUGACAAAUGCAAGAUGAGGGAACAACGAUACUGGUGCUUUCUCACUGCCUUAAAUGUGCAAAAGAGCGGGAGGAAUCCUCGACUCCCAUUGGCUAAAGUGAGAAAAAGACUGUCAGACGAAGCUGUCAGAGAAACAGCUUUUUUGUGUUUUAUUUCUCGCUCCCUCUUCCUCCAAACCGCCCUUUUUAUUUGUGUUUCUGACAGUUAAAGUAUAAAAGAGUUAAAGCUGUCUUUGGAUUUAAACUGACCAAUAUUGUAAAAACAUUUAAAAAGGGGUGGGGUAUUUUUUAAGUUGUCGUUUUCCGGCACAGUUGAGCUGGGCUCACUUGAACUGACAGGAGCACAACCAAACUGUUUUGGGUUUUCUAGCCUGAAUAGCAUGUUUUAAAAGCUUUUUAACGAAGAGACCGUUUUUUCCGUUAUGUAUGCGUGUAUUGGACGGAAGCCAUUUUGAAUUUUGAUUGUCCUCUCUCCUUUGUUUUUAUCGAGUGGGUUGGUUUUGCACACUUUGAGGUUUGGGGUGGGUUGUAUAUACUUAAGUCUUGCACAGUGAAUCAAAGAUGCCCUGUUGGUGUUACAGUAUGCUUAAGCCGCUGAGUAAAUUAUUGUACCUUUUGAAAACAGAGAGUAAAAAAAAAAAUGCAAAAACUCAA